AUGGAUAUCCGGAAUAUGAGAGUUCUGAUUCUGGUCAAAACUGUGCAGAUGGCCAAGCUUUCUGACAAAGAGUCUGCUUCAACUCCUGGUGCACCAACCACUACUGAUCCAUUAGAUCCCGGCAUCCUUACUCCUGACAUCUACAUCACAUUUUGCAAGGCUGUGAAAUCACCAAUCAAGACCAAAGGCCCUAAUAAGCGACCAGUAGCGAAUGCCAUCAUACGGCCAAACUGUAAACCCAAAGGGAUGAAUGCUGGAGGACUUGGCAAAGAGUCCCCGCCGAUAUUCCGUACCCCCCGGCCGGGCCCGUGGAAAAACUUGGAAUCAAACGUGUCAAGUUUUCUACUCCUCGGACCUCCUGGUACGGGUAAAGCCUUAAUCGCUAGAGAGAUUGGUAAGAUGUUAAACACGAGGGUACCUAAGGUCGUUGACGGUCUAGAAACCUUGAAUAAGUUGGUCGGAAAAUUGGGGGAAAACAUCAGAGAGUUUUAUGCAGAAGCAGAAAAGGAGUCAAGGAAAAGGCCGAAUAGAGUGGGUUACAUAUCCUCAUAGUGCGAAAACUCGAAUAAUUGGCACUCGCUCUAGGACGUUAGACCUGCCUUCACAGCAUAGUCCAUCAUAUUUCUGUCUUAAGCUGGGGAUCAGGGGCUUCAGCAUUCGCAAUGGGGAAGUCGGCCCAUCCUUAGGGGUGGGCCGGGGAGGGGUAUCAUAUCACACUGCAGGAAUCGCACUCCAUCUAGGCCUGGCCAGAAUUUCACCCCGUGUUUGGCGGAAGGAUCGGGGAAGACGACGGGCACCCACCAUGGGUUCAUUUAAUCCCAUGGAAGGUAGGGGCAGCAUGUGGGGCGUAUGGCUAACAGGUAGGGCUUAUGACUCCAGUUCGCCACUCAUGUUGUGCGUUGCCAGGUGUGAGAAUGAAUAUUCACCAGCAAUUGAUUUCUCAUGAUGUUGACCAUAGUAAAGAGAUGUCUAUCCGGAGGUGGCCACGCAACAGCCCACAUAGCACCAUUCUCCAUUUAACAUACUCGAGUACGAUAGGCCUACAUCCGGUAGAAAGCCUGAUCCGAAGGGACUGGUAUCACGGAAAACUCCAAGCCCACCAUCUUCUUCCACACAUGCGUCACCAGCUACUAGCUCCUACACUAAAGACGCAAGGAUGCCAAAGUGUCACCCCACUCUGUCGGGCCGCAGUCUCGGCCGAAACCUGCCGCUCGCCGCACUCGCUGGACCAGACCGAUGA